GGCAGCCCCCCCGAAUCGACGCUCGUUAUCUGACCAGAACACCGUUUUCCCCGUACCCUGUUAAAAAUAUGUCGGUUUAAAAUAGCUUCGCCUAUCAGCAAGCGUCUGCAACUUUUACAGUAACAGCUUUGACCUUUUUACAAGUCGUUGUGGGUUUACGUUCAGUUCGGGUAACAUUUAUCAGUUCAGGUUGUUUGUUAUUGUCUGAAAAACGUACUCUUUAUUGGCAGUUUGGUACCAUUACAGGUGGAACUGCACCGCUAUUGGCAGCAGCGAGCAGCUGGUAAUAUUUAAUUUUUUUGUUUUAAAAGCCAACUUCCUGCCAAUUGUGCCGAACUGAACAAAAGGAUCUAGAAGAAACUUUUGAAACAAAAAGAUUCCAGAAAAAAAGAAACAGAUUAUGCCAGGCUUUUAAAAGUCUGUGUUUUUUCUGCAUAAAGCACUGAGAGCAGCAGGGACCGAGGCAUGUGAUCUGAUGUGCUGGUGAAAGCAGUCUUUCCUUUGGUCUCUGCUACAUCAGAGAAGCAGUCUGCAUGCCUAGGUGCUUGGUUUGAUACACCUGUGGCUGUGGAAGUGACUGGAACACCUGAAUUGAGUGAUUUGGAUGGGGCUGGAACCAUGGAGUCCUCUGAUGAAGAUGAAGUGCGCACCUUCGUCCAAGUCCUCAGUGACAAGUAUAACCCAGAGAACUUCCCCUAUGGCCAAGGUGUAGGAGUGGUCGUUCUGCCCCGGCCUCCGGGGUCCCCUGUCAAAGACCGCCUCUUCUUGCCCAGCGCACUGGUUCUGAAUGACAGUGGAAUCAGUAAAGCCGGCGACAGGCAAGACAUCGCAGCUUUCUGUGCCCACGUGGUAGAGCUUGACCUGUCCCACAAUCAGCUGAACGACUGGGGAGAGAUUGGCACCAUCGUUUCCAGCAUCCCUCACCUGGACUUCCUCAACCUGAGCAUGAACCCACUAAGCGGCGUGCAUCUGGAGCCGACCAUGGCCGAGGUUUUUUCCAGGGUCCGGCGACUGGUCCUCAUUAACACACAAAUCAGCUGGGACACUGUUCACACGCUUACACAACACACACCAGAGCUGGAGGAGCUCUUCCUGUGUCUCAACGGCUACAAUACCGUGUCCGAAUCCCAGACGUCCUGCCCGUCGCUACGCCUGCUGCAGAUCACAGAAAACCAGCUGCAGGACUGGGCGGAAGUGAGGAAAUUUGGGCUGCUGUACCCCAAUCUGAGCACACUGGUGCUGGCCAAUAACAGUGUGGACUCUGUGGGAGACACCAAGGAGACACUGGAGAGUCUCUUUCCCAACCUUCGCAGCAUCAACCUCAACAACUCAGGUCUUAGGAAAUGGGCAGACAUUGAAAGGCUGAAUUUCUUUCCCAAGCUGGUGGAGGUCAAAGCAAAAGGAAUUCCUUUACUGGAGUCUUACAGCACUGAGGAGAGACGGAGCCUCCUUCUAGCACAGCUGCCCUCUGUAAUGGUGCUGAAUGGGGGUGCUGUGUCUAAUGGUGAGAGAGAGGAUGCUGAGAGGUUCUUCAUCAGGUACUACCAGGACUGUCCAGAACAGGAGCGCCCUGAGAGGUACAGUAUCCUUGUGUCCAAGUAUGGCAAUCUGGCUCCAUUGGCAGAGGUAGACCUGAGUCCUCGCUGCACCAUGGUGAUUGUUCGCUGGGGUGACAGGGUGGAAACAGUCAGCCUCCGUCUGGAGCAAACAGUGGGCGACCUAAAGAAACACCUCAAGGCUCUGCUGCAGCUGCCAAUCAAUGGGAUCAGGCUGUUCUACAUUGACCAAGAGAUGAGUUCAGUCUUCGGACCGGAGGAGCUGAAGUGCGGCAGCCGGGCCCUCCAUUCUUACAGCAUUCGAGACGGCGAUGAGAUUCUGGUAGUGCCCAGGGACAAAAGCCGCUGCAGCUCCUCGGGUUUUUGAGUCGGGAGGUUUUCUAGCUUUGGAUGACUGGGACUGGAGGGAUUUUAGAAAAUUAUUUUAUUUGAUUUUAUUUUAUUUUUUUUUUUUUGAAUGGUUGGGUUUUUUGAAUGUAAAGAGGUUUGGUGCCCAAACAAAAUAGUAAACACAUUUAUGCAAUAGUAUAUUUGCACAUAGUAGUUUGACAUUUACACAGACUUGAAUGCAAGUCACAAAUUAUUAUGCUUCAUGUGGCUUGAGCUACAACUGCAGUUUGCAUGAAACAUGUUGCAGGAGGUGCGAUCAAAAAGUUCUAGGACCGUGCCCUUAAUGACCAAAAAAAUCAUACCUGACUUUGGCCCGUCUCCCCUUCAGGGUCUUCCACUCGUGCACCUCUGGAUUGAUAGCAGUCUUGACUCUUUGCGCCUUUCACCUGAUGUGUCACUUUCAGGCUGGAAAACUGCGGGCUCUUGGAUUGAAAACUGCUGACUGGUCUCAGGAUUGUAGCCAGAGAAGCUCUCAUUAAACGUGAAAGUCAGUUCAGUUUUCUCUCUGAGGUUCAACGUAAAAUCGUGGAGAGCAUGUGCAGGUGGUUUAAGAUGACCUUGAGGGCGAGAUCGGCCAAAUGCACCAGGUGUGUUUUUUUUUAGGGACAUGGCUGUAGAACAUUGAGAUCACACUUUACUUCGUACAAAUCAAAUACUUUCUUUAAUGAAAAAAAUUUCUUCCCUUAUUAUUAAUUAAAUGCGCACAUUGCACAUGAAUUUCAGAACUAAAAUCACUUUAUGAUUAAAGCGUUUAUAGAUUUAAAAAGCUUCCCUUACCCACUGGUACCAAACUGGGGACUAAUUAGUUGGGUUUUUUAAAAAAAUUUUAAUAUAUUAAAAUUAGGUGACAAAACUUCAAAUAGAAAUCAUUCAUUGGGUAUCAGAAAUGCCAGCUCAAGUCAUGCUUUCUACUCCUUUUCAGUGCACAUUGUGACUCCGUAGUGACUUUUCUUUCAUUAGAGUUGAAGCUUGUUUACUAUAAACUGGCAGCAGUAAACUUUAUAUAGUCUGGCUUAAAAUUAUUCCAACCUAUUACGCUUCCUAAAAGCAACCAUAGUGGCAAAAACAAAAAGGGCCCAUAUUCAUGUAGCGACGAAUCAGGCUUUAACAUGGACUCUCGAUUUGUUUGUCGUGCCAAGAGUUUUGUAAAUUUGGUACCAUCCACAAUUGCACUGCAUUAAAAAUAAACAAAAAAUUUACAUUUUAUUAAUAUUUUUCUGAUGAUCUUUUUCUAACCUUUAUUUAGGCAGAGAAGGUUAGAUUUUUUUUUUUUUAAUUUUCCUCAAGGGAAAGUCUGAAGGUAAGCAACACAAAUAAUUCCCUACUACUUCUUGUUACCCAGAUCAGACUCUUUCCCGCGAGCGUAGUUAAAAAUCCCGGGAUAACCCCCGAGCUGAUGCAUAAAUGCCAUGUAUUUGGGGGAAGGGGGAGUCAUCCGCACGCACACACACGGAUACCUCUCAGUCGAGACGACCUGGCAGAAAGAUGAGACACGUUUGAGGUGAGCUCUGGUCUGGGACAGAGAAAAGAAGGAGUGCUGAUGCUCAAGUUACGGCAGGUCUUCUGGCUGUCCCGCGCAUGAAUGGAGCGGCUCUCUCACCUUGCUAAAGCAGCUGAGAAGCGUCGAGGCCUGCUCUGUAUGGUAACCACACACCAGCUGCUGUGUCACAGACACUUCCGCUGCAUUUAGGUUAGAACGGGUUCACUAAACAGUUUCUUGGCCCUCGCCGGUCCACCCGAGUCUCUCUGCUUUACAUCGGUCUCACAGACCCCUCGCUUCUAGUUUGUGCUGUUUCGCAGCACCUGGUGUUGAGAACUUUUCCACUGAAUCGCACUGGUGAUGAAAGAAAUAGCAUAAUUUGACACAAGCACAUUCUCAUCUACUGAUCAUCAACAGGAAUUUUUCAGUCCAGAAACAGGAGCAUCUUAUCACCUGAACAUUUACAGAGCUUUUAAGGCUUUGGCUGCUCUUUGCUGUGUUUUACCAGCUGGCGCAUUACAGGUGUAGUCAUUUAAACUACGUGUCAUAACCAUAAUGGUGCAUUUUUCAUGUGUUCUUUGGUAGCAAGUGAAGUAAAGUUGGAAUCAUGGCUAAAGAUGAAGUUCUUGUCUGCUUUAGCCCCUAGUUAGAGCUUCCAGUACAAAAUGCUUCUCUUGAGCAUGUUCGGAUAAGGCAUGUGAGCAUAUGUUUGGGGUGCAGUUGUCCUGAGACAGCCUUACAGCGCCAUCUGGACUGACUGCUUUUCUUUGUGUAGUAGAUAACUGGAGAUCUCUUUGUUUUACUGACUUGCAUUAAUCUAUGUUAUGAUGAGUGGCUUCUUGCGAAGUGCUGGGAUGAGUGAAUUUUUUUUUGUUUUAAAUCACUGGGAGGUGUUGGGUUGUUUGCACAGUCUGGUAUUUCUUUGUAUCUUUAAAUAUUUUGUUGUGUAUGAGACGUGUCAUUUCAGGGAAACCAUAUUGUUUAUGGGCAUUUGUAAUUAUGGCAUUUCUAGAAUAUUAACUGCUCCCGUCACCUUUAUCUCUACCUUUCAGUAAUACCAAAACAGAGUUUACUUACAGAUUUAGAAGUUUAAAAAAAAUAUGUCCUAAAAUACACUUUGCCUUGUGCUGGUUAGAGUGUGGUGUUUUAAUUUAUAUUUUGUAAGCUUUCUGUAUUUCUUUCUUCUGUGCACUUUUAAUUCUUGUUUGCAUUAUUGCGAUCUUAAUGCUGUUUCUAUGCCUGUACUGUAUAAAGGUGCUUUCAA